AUGACAGCCCCAAAUCCUCAAUCCACCCGCAAAGACCCCUCCGGCAACAAACUUACGGCAGAGGAUUCAGCGGAUUCAGGUCAAUCCAUUGAGAUUGAAGCUCAGUCUGAGGCAGAACCAGUGAGUGACUCUGAACCAGUCGCCGCAGCUAAAAAAACAACCAAGCCAAAGAAGAAGAAGAAAAAAGUGUUGACAAUUCCUGAAAAGAAGACAAACACGUCUUCAGCCUCCAAAAAAAAAGUGAAUUCUAAGAAGACUGAAACCACGGACCAUGAUUUUGACCAGGAUACUGAUGAAGGCUCAGUAGUCGUACGCUCGCAAGGAGGCAAAGCUAGGAAGGACAACAUCGCGAACCCUCCGCAUGCCGAAGAAUACAACGGAGGGUCCAAGAGUGACUUUGGUAGCGCCAAUGAACUGUGUUCAGUAGAUGACAAAGCCAGCAAUUGUGACAGUGACAACCCUGAACAAGAAAACACCACUUUGGCCGACGAGAAUUCUGAUACCGAGCUCAACAUAAAUACCAAAUCCAAAAAACUCCGGCGUCUAACUGUGAAGGUAUGUACAUCAUCCUCUGCGUCUGGUUUAGCUUGGGCCUAA